AUGUCCGGAACAGAUAAAGUGGAUAAUAUUGUGUAUGGAGGCCAGGAUCCUGAAGUGUUUGGUGAUUUAGCUGAAGAGGCUAGACAAAGAAAAAAAAAUGGUGAAGUCAAGCCUUAUGAAAAAUAUCUUAAAACAGUUCCAGCUCCAGGCGGUGGUUUCCAUGUUGUUUACGAUAAAGAUGCUAAAGAGAGGGAUGACGCUGCGAAGAAAGAUGAUCAAAAUGGUCUAUCGUGA